AUGCAUGGGAAACCGAAGAAGCGGGAUCCGGCAGCUGCGGCAACGGCGGCGGAGGAGGAGGGGAAGGAGGAGCAGGCAGGAGCAAGUGCGAUAAGAGAUGGAGAGGUGGAAUCGAAGCAACCCGCGCCAGGUGAUGACAGGGAAGAGAGAGUCGGUGAUUUUAUGAGAAAUUAUGAGCCAGCUGAGGGAGCAGUUCACGGAGAAGUUGACGGAACAGCUGACGGAGCAGCUGACGGAGCAGCUGUGGUUGUAGUUGGGGACACCUUGGCAGCGAAGGCGUUACAGGGUGGAGAAGCAACGACUCAGGGAGCAGCGAGGGAUGAUGGCUUGGACUCGGAAAACCAGCGAGACGGUGCUGACGUGGACGCGGAAAAUGGAGAGUUGUUAGGUGCUUCCGGGCUGGACGGAGGUGAGUGGGCUGACAUGGCAGACGGUUUGCAAGACGGUGCAGAGGAGUUCAUUUUCGAUCCAGAUGUUCUGGCGAGCUUUGAAGAGGACCUUCGCAGGGAGAGGGAGUACCAGCAGACGCUGGAGCAGCUGCUGCUGAACCUACUCCCUGACCAAGGGACUGGUCCGGAUGGGAAUGAGGAGGGCGGGGAAGGUGGAGGAGGAGAGGGAGGUAAAGGGGAAGGGGUUACAGGAAUAGCAGUUCCGGGGAGAGCAACCGCAGCAGAUGACGCAACAGCAAACUCUGUAUCCGAUGCCGCAGCCAUUGCCGCCAUUGUGGCAGGCACAUACGAGCCAUCAGGAGGCACGGGCGGGCGUUCAGGUCGCACAGGCGAGCUUCCAGAAGGCAGAGUGGAAGGUGCAGGCAGUAGAGUGCAUGCGAGUGCUGGCACGACUUUUGAGGCGCCUCAAAAGUCAGGUCGCACAGGUGAGCCUCCAGAGGGCAGAGUGGAAGGUGCAGGCACUAGGGCGCAUGCGAGUCCUGGUAUGCAUGCUGCUAUUACAGGUGCUGCUGCAGAUCCGGGGGCAGGAAAGGAAGCUGCCAGGAAGGAGGGAGUGCCAGAACAAGGGUCAAACAGGAACGACCAAGAAGCUGAGGAGGGGAAGGGGAAGGAGGAAGAGGAGGACGAGGAAGAGGGAGAGGAGGAGGAAGAAGAAGAGGGAGAGGGAGAGGGAGAGGGAGGAGGAGAGGGAGAGGGAGCGGGAGUGGAUGUGGGCGAUUUCCUAUUCGACCCGGAUUUACUGGAGGCUAUGGAAGCGGCUUUGGAGCAGCACAGUGCAGCGGACUGGCAGCGAAUCACCCCCCUUGCCAGCCCCAUGCAUCCUUCCGUGGCAAACAGCAGAGUUAGUCCCAUGCAGGCUGCUAUGGUGGGCGGUAGGGUUAGUCCCAUGCAGGCUGCUAUGGUGGGCGGUAGGGUUAGUCCCAUGCAGGCUGCUAUGGUGGGCGGUAGGGUUAGUCCCAUGCAGGCUGCUCUGGUGGGCGGCAGAGUGAGCCCCAUGCGCAGGGGCGUGGGAAUAGGGCAAGCCAGCCCACGGCCUGCAGGCAUGACAGCAGGAGGGAUGGGCGUAUCAGCGAGUGCCUCAGCGAGUGCAUCAACUCCAGCACUGCCAGGCAGGGGCAGUGUACCGCUGGCAGGGGGGCCGGGCAGAGUGGCGAGUCCCAGGCAGGGCAGCUUGCGCGGCGGGGUGAGCAGCCCUUCACUGCGACAGGUGACGGAUCCCAGUGCUGUGAGACGAAGCUUUGAUGGUGGUAGGGUUGACAGUGUGGUUUAUGGUGGCAAGAGUGACAAUAGCAGGGUUGACAGUGAGGAGAAAGGGGCAAACGCUGCAGCAGGAGAGGCGGCAGGUGAUGCAGGGAAGGAGGCGGGUGCAGCAGCACAAGAGGAGGAGGCAGUAGUAGAAGCAAAGCCGGUUGUCCCCCCUGGACCCCCUCCCCCUCCUCCUAGGUCUCAGCUGCUAGAAAGUUUCGAACAGCGCUUCCCGCCGGGCGGGGUAGACGCAGUGGUGGUGUAUACCACCACACUUCGGGCAGUAAGGAAAACUUUUGAGGACUGCGUCAAAGUGAAGAACGUGCUGCAGGUACGAUGGAUGGCCUGUUUGUUUUCCGAUGGCAUAUUCUUUCUUCUUCACCAGGUGCCAUGCGCCAUCUGCCAUGCGCCAUCUGCCAUGCGUCAUCUGCCAUGCGCCAUCUGCCAUGCGCCAUCUGCCAUGCGCCAUCUGCCAUGCGCCAUCUGCCAUGCGCCAUCUGCCAUGCGCCAUCUGCCAUGCGCCAUCUGCCAUGCGCCAUCUGCCAUGCGCCAUCUGCCAUGCGCCAUCUGCCAUGUGCCAUCUGCCAUGCGCCAUCUGCCAUUCGCCAUGUGCCAACCUGAUGCCAAUAAACGAGACCCGCCACCUCAUACCUUCGCCUGCAGGCCCUUACGAUGGCCUAUUGGGAGGGCGGCAUUGUCCAGUAGGCGCCUCAAUCACACUUUCCCCCCUACAUCCCUGCAGGCCCUGCGAGUGGUGUACGAGGAGAGGGGCAUCUCCAUGUGCGUCUCGUACCGCCAGGAGCUCAAAACGCUCAUGGCACCCGGCGCAGCCUCUCCAGCCGCAGCGGCAGCAGCUGGCUCUGUGUGUUUUGAGUCGACUCAAAACACAGCUGGCUCUGUUCCCGGGCUCUGUUCCCGGGCUCUGUUCCCGGGCUCUGUUCCCGGGCUCUGUUCCCGGGCUCUGUUCCCGGGCUCUGUUCCCGGGCUCUUCAUGUGUGGGCAUUACAUCGGCGACGCUGAUACUGCCCUACGAGUGGUGUACGAGGAGCGAGACAUUUCCAUGCGCGUCUCCUACAGGCAAGAGCUCAAAACACUCAUGGCACCCGGAGAAGCAACCCCUGCAGCAGCAGCCGCAGCCGGCUCCGUUCCCCGCCUCUUCAUCUGCGGCCGCUACAUUGGAGAUGCCGAUACUGUGCUCCAGAUGUAUGAUGAUUACUUUCUUGCUGAGUUAGUCCAAGGGUUGCCGACCACUGAUGAUGAUGCGGGGAAGACAGGGUGUGGGACGUGUGGGGGUAGCAAGGUGGUUACGUGCCGGCAGUGCGGUGGUAACCACAAGGUGGUGACGAGUUAUGGCAUGAGGAUAUGCUCACAUUGUGAUGAUACUGGGCAUGUGCCCUGCCAUACCUGCGGAGGUGGGUAG